UUUGCUCCCUCUUUUUUAAAUUUAAAUCUUCAAUUAGUUUUUUAUUUUGAUAAUUUGAGUUGCUUUUGGUCUGAUUGUAAUUAAUUUGUGCUAGGAAAGUUUUGGGUCAAUUGGGUGUUUAGGGUUUUUGCUAAAUAUUUUGAACCUUUUUUUCUUCUUUUUUGAUUUUUGAAGAGAAAAUAUGAUACUGUAAUUGUAUGCUGUUGCUGUUGGCUUGUUAAGAAUUUUUAGUGUCAAGUAUGAUCAUUUUAGAGUGCAUCGCGGGUUGAUUAUAUGCUUACUUCUGAGGCUAAAAUUCAUUAAAAAUGAUGAAUUUUAUGAGAAAUGUUUACUAGGGAAUAUAUAGGGGAAGAGCCCUAGCUUAAUUCUGCAUGAAGUGAACUAAUUUUUCUAUUGUAAUUGGGCAAUUAUUGCUUUAAAACGACGGCAAAGAUGUUUUGUUCUAUGAUUGGGUGGGAUUGAGAGCCAACCCACACCCAAACCCAAUCCACUGAGGAUGUGGGUUUGGGGCUUUAUUUUGGUGCUUAUGGUCAAUGGGGAAGCAUGUGUUCCCUGCAAUACUGGCAUGUUAUCCUGCUUGACUGAUAUAAGGAUGCUGCAUAUAAGACGCAUGUAUGUGUUAUUGGUAUUGGCAGCCUCAUGAUGUUCUCUCACAUUCCCGCCCCUUAGCUUCUUGGAAUAUUGAACUGCACACAUCCUUUGCUCUCCAUGUUCUUUUCAUCUUCUUUGCCCUUGAUUGGUAUUAUUGUCUGCUGAAUCAAAAUUGUCUCCUUAAGGGCUCCGUUGUAGGUGAACUAGUUAUCUUCAUCACCUAAGACCCCUACAAUUAGCAAUGAUAUUUAUGCCAUGGUGUCUGAUGUAAUGUUGAUUCAUGGAUCAUGAUGGAGAUAAUCAGUCCUAGGAGAUUAGGGAAGAUGGAGUCUCAUGAUGAGACAGGGUGCCAAGCUCCAGAAGGCCCCAUCCUGUGUGUCAACAACUGUGGCUUCUUUGGAAGUGCAGCUACCAUGUAUAUGUGUUCGAAGUGUCACAAGGCAAUGAUCCUGAAGCAGGAACAGGCACAACUCGCAGCAUCAUCCAUUGGAAGCAUUGUAAAUGGCAGCUCAAGUGGGAAUGGUAAGGAACCAGCUCUGGUUGCUGCUUUGGAUGUACAAUCUGGAAAUGUUGAGUCAAAGAUCAUGUUAGCAGAACCAUCCAUUGAUCCAUCCAAAAUGGCUUUUGGUGGGAUGAAGACGAAAGAGGGUCCAAAUAGGUGUACCAAAUGCGGUAAGCGUGUUGGUUUGACAGGAUUCAAUUGCAGGUGUGGAAACCUCUUCUGUGCAGGUCAUCGUUACUCUGACAAGCACAAUUGUCCUUUUGAUUAUCGGACUGCUGCUCGUAAUGCUAUUGCUAAAGCCAACCCUGUCGUCAGGGCUGAGAAGCUCGAUAAAAUCUAAGAGUUGAGGAUGAAAGUGAAGAUUUGUGUAGUGAAAUAUGAUGCGUCUCCUUCUAUCCGUGUAUUCAGCUGAUGAUAGUGAAGGUUUACGUAAGGUGGCUGCUUGUCUCAUUAGGUGUCCCCUUGAUUUAUAUACGUGUUCGAGUCCAUGAUAGGGAGGACAUCAUUGCAGUGUAAGGGAAGUCUAAAUUCCUUGUCGAUUGGCUGGCAUUACUACGUUCGCCCCAGUUUGUAGGUCUUUAUUUGUGCUGGUAUGAUGGACAUCAAUUUGAUCGCCCUGUAAUGCUUCUUUUGGUAUGCAUUUCUUUCUAGUAGCACGGAUAAAUGGAGUGUUAAAAGUUUUCUCGUUUCUAAA